AUGACCAGAGCAAGCUACAGAGUCGCUAAGUCGACUUCGAAAUCUUCAGCUAAGAAGUCUAAAGGGCUUCUUGGAAACAAAGUUCCUCCGAGGCAGGACAGCCCCAGCGCAAACGACCCCCUCAAUUGCACCUCCCAGCAUCCUGACCAAACUCACUGGUCAUGGGAGAACCUCCCUGACAUCUUGUACCAGCUGAAUCCUGACAAGGAGGAGAAACCAAAGAGUGAUCCCGGGCUCAUGAGGAACUCCAUCUUUGGGAAGCGUCUUCGCAACCUCCCGGUCCUUCCUGACCAAAUUUCCUCCACCGUGGAAGAAUUCCGCGUCGAAGCAUGGCAACGACUGGAUCCCCGCAUCUCUCUUGAGGACAUCACAGAUCGCAUGCAUCCGUUUUUCCGCAUCAAGAACAACGCGCUCCAGCAGCGCGGAGUACGUUUUCGCCAAGCGUUCAACAUCAAGGCGUGGCGCUCGGGAAACAAGCGCAGCGCACUACUCGAGGCGGGCCUCUUCAAGAGGAUGGGGGACAUUGGUUUGGAUAUCAACUCCAACUCUACCCGCGGCAUAACCCCAGGCCUCAUCGACCCUCAGUUAGGUGAGGCAGGUGGUCGUGUGCCCCUUCCUAAAGGCUGGCAUAUUAGGAAAUUGGGCGCAGCAAACAGUCUCAAGAAACAAACCGAAGCCACCUUCAGGGAGCUGGAGACUCUGUCUGAGAAUGGUGAAUCAUUCGUUUCGAGUGACUUCGGAACAACUCGGUCUGGUGAAACUGAGGUCAUGUCUGAGGACCCAGAAGUCCUUCCCGAGGCAACGGAGGUCAUCAAAGAUGAAGCUCCAUCAACAAUCGAGUACUUCUACCAAAAGGUCAACUAUGACGAGGAGCAAACCCACUUCGGCAGCUCUCUCCCGGUUAUCUGUGGCAUGAUUCCAGACAAUCAACUCCCAGAUACUGUCAGUCUUCCUGAUCUCGAUCUGCGGCUUGGCCACAGACCACCAACUCCACAGAUUAAAGCGGAGAAUGACUCUCUUCCUCUCAUUUACAAUGAAGAUAGAGUCGACUGGCGCUCGCCUUUCUGGAUGCCGGGUUCAGUCGUUAGCAAGCACAUCUUCUGUCAAUCACCUUGCUUCGAUGACCUCCUCAUGCAAGAAGACGAGUACCUCAACUAUAACCCACCACUUUUCAUCGAAGGUCCGAGCAAGCUCGCGACACCUACCACAGGUAUCUUUCCUGUCAUUACCCCCAUUGAACUCAACACGCUCCCCGAGCAGCAACGGUGGAACAUUUUCGACCACAUGCUGGCGGAAUACAACAAAGGUGAACGUUAUGUCCCUGAGAUGCCUUAUUAA